GAGGCGUACCGGCUCCAUAGACAGAAACAUCGCAUUAUGGCCUCGCUCUGAGCCUCCUGAUGCGACAGUUGUGUACAUACCUAACCGGCAAUCCGUCACCAUCGACGCCCUGAUCAUGGACCUCUGGUCCAGAGGCUUUUUUCGGGGCCAUCGGAGUUGUCAUUAGUACUCCCGAAGUACUAUAUUAUUUGAUUUUGAGCACUGUCACUUUUGCACGCCCGGGGAUUUAAACCGAGGUGACAGUAGUAGCACUCACCCCAUCUGCCGGUCAGCUAGCUAGCUAGCUCGCUAAGUCCAUAGCCAAGAAGGGCAUCACUUUUCUUUUGGAGUAAAGGACAAGGAAACUACAACACCACUACUUUAAUUUACAGAAGACUGAUCAGAGGCUGAUUCCCCGAGUUCCCAUCUUGCAACAUAUUCACUAUUGAUUGCUGAAAGGCUGGCAACACAAAACCACCCUAAUGCAGAACCAUAAAAGAACGUGAAAUGAACAAACCACCACAGCCUAUAACGGGACCCACUUCUGUCCCAAACCCUUCCCCAUCCCCUGGAUUGACACAGGCCGCAUACGGUCCUGGACAGCCCCCUUCUCUUGUUUUUGCCACCCCUCCACCUCCACAAAUGAACUCUGCACCACAGCCAAGACAGUUUGCUACAGGCCCCCGUACUUUACACCAACAGGGGGGAUACAGAGCAUUACAGAGUUACUAUCAGAACCGACCAGCCAUGGCCACGAGUGCUCCAAGGGUACAGACGAGUAGUGGCCCACGACCUGUCGGACCUACUCACGUCUACCCGUCCAGCUCCCAGAUGAUGAUGAUUUCCCAGCAGCAGCUCUCUUUUGCUGGCUCCCCGCAGGGCUACUUCAUCCCCCCUGGACAGUACCGGGCCCCAUAUAUGCCUCCUACUCAGCAGUAUCCUGUGACCAGUGGUACAGCAGGCUUCUAUCCAGGAACUAGCCCUGCUGAAUACCCUGCAUAUGCAGGAGCAUACUAUCCAGCUCAGCCACAGUACUCUCCGUCUGUCCAGCCGGCACCGGUCAUGAUCAACCCCGCCCAGCAACAGCAACAAGCCCCGCCUCCUCAGCAACCACCGGCACAGCCACAAGGGCCACCAAAGAGGGAACGCAAACCGGUAGUGUGUCACAACAAAAGGGCAGCGCGCCUCUUGUCUGAGAUAAGAAUACGAGACCCCAACCAGGGUGGGCGUGAUAUCACAGAGGAGAUCAUGUCAGGUGGAAGAUCCACCACCACACCGACUCCCCCACAGGGUUCCACAGCAGAUUCGAAUGCUGCACAGACAAACGGGGAAGUUACACAGUCUGCCACUACAGUGACUAGAAGAGAUGAAAACACUGAGCCUCCUGUUAGCGCUGAAACCCCACCACCACCUCCUGUCACAGCAAAUGCAGAGCCUGUGGAGGAGGACAAACAGGAAACGGACAACCAGAUGACACCGCCUGCUGAGUUAGCCACAAAAUCUGUAGCUCCUGCAGUCGCUGUUGAGGUGCCAUCCCCAUUGUUAAAGGACCUGCCGUCUCCCUCUCCCCCCCCUGCAGCAGCUGAAUCUACUACUCCUACUCCUGCUGAGGCAGAAAAUAAAGUUGAUACUAAAGUUGGUGACACAGUAGACGCUCCUGUCAGACCUUCAGCAUCAUUAGCAGCACAAGAGGCACCUGUCAAGAUGGAAGAACCACAGGCUGCCCCAGCUCCAGCUGAGAAGGUUCCAGAAAAGGAAGUAAAGAAAACGGAGGAAGUAAAGAAAUUGCAAAAAGAGGACCAGGUGGCCAGCGCUAAGUUGGAGCCUGCAGUUGAGCUUGCUGCAACAGUUACCCCUGAUAACGAGGCAAAAGAAGAAACGACUACAAAGACAGAAACUGAAGUCUCUCCGCCUCCACCCUCUGCAGAGGAACCUGCUGCUCCACAGACUCAGAGGGUCGCCCCAAGCUCUGCCCCUGAACCUGAGCCCACACAGGCUGAAGCUGCAGAGCCUCUUCUCUCCAACGGCCUUCCUCAGGACGCCGAGGAACUGUCUGAUGAUGGGGCAUUUACAGACACUACACCCCUUGACAAGCCUGAUGCGUCUCAAUCUCAGGAAUCCACACCUAUGGCUAAAACGGCAAUGCCUGCCCAGGAGGAUGUAGAGGAUGUAGAGGAUGUAGAGGAGGUAGAGGCGGAAGAGGAGGCAGUAGAGGAGGAAGAGAGUAAGGAAAAAAGUGAGGAUGCCCCUCCUGCCUCUGUUAGCUGCCCAGAGGAAUCUACUAUGCAAGCUGCGACGUCCGUGCCAAAGAAGAGGAAGAACAUGAAGGAGUUAAACAAGAAGGAGGCCAUUGGAGACCUCCUGGAUGCCUUCACAGAGGAUCAAGAAGCCAAGCCUGCUCCUGAACCCUCGUCCACUCAGGCCGACCCUGUCCCUGUUGCUCCACCUAAACCUCCCGCUGAGUUCGUAGAUGAGACCUGGGAGGAGAAAGAGGACAAGCAGAACGUAGGGCCUAAUACCACAUCUGAGCCAACUGAGCAGAAAUACCAGUACAAAGAAGAAAAAUGGAAGCCGAUAGAUCCAGAAGACAAGAAGCGGUACGACAGGGAGUUUCUUCUGGGCUUCCAGUUUAUCGGCGCCAGUAUGAACAAACCUGAUGGCCUGCCUGCCAUCAGUGAUGUCGUCCUGGACACGGCGAACAAGACUCCAAUGCGGCCUCCUGACCCAGCUCGAAUGAUGAAUGUUGGUCCUGAUUUUACUCCUUCCUAUUUGGGGAACCUUGGGAGCAGAUCAGUGGGAGGACCACGAGGCCCGCCACCUGGGCCACGUCGCUCCCAGCAGGGUCAGAGGAAAGAGCCCCGGAAAAUCAUCAGCACCAUGUCCCUCGGUGAUGACGUGCAGCUCAACAAGGCUGAGAAGGCCUGGAAGCCCACGGUGAAAAAGUCUACUAGAAGCCGUGCCGCGGAGGAAGUCGAUGACGAUGAUUCCGAAGAGUCCAAGACUCGAGAGCUAUUCAAGCGUCUGCGCAGUGUUCUCAACAAGCUGACUCCUCAGAAGUUUCAGGAGCUGAUGAAGCAAGUGCAAGAGCUGACGAUAGACACAGAGGAGAGGCUGAAGGGAGCCAUUGACCUCAUCUUUGAGAAGGCCAUCUCAGAGCCCAACUUCUCUGUAGCCUACGCCAACAUGUGCCGCUGCCUUAUGGGGUUGAAAGUCCCGACCACAGACAAACCAGGAGUUUUUGUGAACUUCCGCAAACUGCUGCUCAACCGCUGCCAGAAAGAGUUUGAGAAGGACCAGGAUGAUGACGAAAUCUUUGAGAGAAAGCAAAAAGAGAUAGAGGCUGCCAAAGAAGAGGACCGUGAGCGUUUGAGGGUGGAGCUGCAGGGCUCCAGAGACCAGGCCCGCCGCCGCUCUCUGGGUAACAUAAAGUUUAUUGGCGAGCUCUUCAAGCUAAAGAUGCUGACGGAGGCCAUCAUGCACGACUGCGUAGUGAAACUACUGAAGAAUCAUGAUGAAGAGUCUCUGGAGUGUCUUUGCAGGCUGUUCGCCACAAUUGGCAAAGACCUGGACUUUGAGAAGGCCAAGCCUCGUAUGGAUCAGUAUUUUGCCCAGAUGGACAAGAUCAUCAAUGAGAAAAAGACUUCAUCCAGAAUCCGCUUCAUGCUACAGGACAACUUGGACCUCAGAAGGUGUAGCUGGGUGCCUCGUAGAGGAGAACAGGGGCCUAAAACAAUCGACCAAAUACACAAGGACGCAGAGCAGGAGGAGCACAGGGAACAGAUCAAAGUCCAGCAGCAGUUUCUGUUCAAGAAGGACGGAGGAGGAGGAGGAGGAGGCGGCGGCGGCAGGAUGGGAGGGAACAUGGGGGGCCGAGGCUCUCACACAUCAGGAGGCCGCGGGACUAGCCUGCCUCAGGAUGAGGGCUGGAACACUGUGCCCAUCUCCAAGAACAGACCCAUCGACGCCUCCCGCCUUAGCAAGAUCACAAAGCCUGGUUCUCUGGACUUCAACAAUCAGCUGUUGGCUCCAGGGGGAAAAGGCAUGUGGGGUAGCUGGGGCAAAGGCAGCAGUGGAGGAACUGGAGCUAAACCAGCCAGUGGAGAGCCAGAUACUGGUCGUCCAGCUACCAGCACCGUCAACCGCUUCUCAGCCCUGCAGCAGUCUGGCUCAUUACAGUCUUCCACUGACUCUGAUCGCAGAGCUCCACAGAGGUCAAGCUCAAGCCGUGAGCGUGGUGGAGACCGCGACAGGGAACGGUUUGAGCGACUCGAUCGCAGCGAGGGACGGGAAGGUCGUGACGACGGGAGCACCCGGAACCAAAUCACCAAGAGAAGCUUCAGCAGAGAGUCUCAGGAGCGUGGUGGGAGGACUGGAGACCUCCGGGCAUCGACUGAGGCUGUGCGUCGCGUCGCCAGCAUGACUGACGAUAGGGACAGAGGCAGCCGGGACCGUGGUAGUCAGGACAGGGGCAGCCGGGACCGUGGUAGUCAGGACAGGGGCAGUCGGGACAGAGGCAGUCGGGACAGUGGCAGUCGGGACAGAGGCAACCGGGACCGUGGUAGUCAGGACCGUGGAAACAGGGACCAAGGAAGCAGAGAACGGGCCCCAAGCAAAGAUCUCCCAGUUAAGCGUGAGAGCGCCCCCACUCCUCUUCCUUCUCUUUCAAAAUCUGCCUUGAGUGAAGAGGAGUUGGAGAAGAAGUCGAACGCCAUCAUUGAAGAAUACCUCCACAUUAAUGACUUGAAGGAGGCGUUGCAGUGUGUGACAGAACUCAACAGUGCCUCACUGCUCUAUGUGUUUGUGCGGAACGGCGUGGAGUCGACGCUUGAGCGCAGCACCCUUGCUAGAGAGCAUAUGGGCCUGUUGCUGCACCAACUUAUAAAGGCAGGGACAUUGCUCACAGAGCACUAUUACAAAGGGCUAGAAGAGACCCUGGAGGUUGCGGAAGACAUGGCCAUAGAUAUACCUCACGUCUGGCUCUACCUGGCUGAACUCAUUACCCCCGUGCUCCACGAGGGAGGCAUCCCUAUGGGACAGCUCUUCAGGGAGAUCUCCAAGCCUCUCGUGCCUCUGGGGCAGGCCAGCGUGCUGCUGAUACAGAUCCUCAAGUUGCUCUGCAAAGAAAUGACCCCUAAGAAGGUCGGGGCCAUGUGGGCAGAGGGUGGCCUGAACUGGAGUGAAUUUCUGCCCGAGGAUGAAGACGUCAACAAGUUUGUCACUGAGCAGAAAGUGGAGUUCACCACAGGAGAGGAGACCGAGUCAAAGGAAGACGAUGAGAAGAAGGUCCUCACUGGAGAGGAGCUCGGCAAACAGCUGGACAGACUCAUCCAGGACAAAGCCAACAACCAGCGCAUCAGAGACUGGGCUGAGGCUAACUUGGACGAGCAGCAAACUGCCUCCAACCAGUUCUUACGAGCUUUGAUGACUUCAGUGUGUCAGUCUGCCAUCAUAUGUGACACCCCGUACAGGGUGGAUGCUCAGCAGAUCAACCAGAGGGCCAGUCUGCUGCAGAGAUACCUGGCUGAUGAGCAGAAGGAGCUGCAGGCCCUCUACGCCCUCCAGGCUCUGAUGGUGCACAUGGAGCAGCCAGCGAACCUGCUGCGGAUGUUCUUUGACGCCUUGUACGACGAGGACGUUAUCAAAGAGGAGGCCUUCUACAAAUGGGAAAUCAGCAAAGACCCUGCGGAGCAAACAGGCAAGGGUGUGGCCUUGAAAUCAGUCACCGCCUUCUUCACCUGGCUCCGCGAGGCCGAGGAGGAGUCUGACAAGGAAUAAUAAAAAAAGCCGGAACUGAAAGCUGCCGCUCCCCUUUUGGCAAGGCGGGGGCUCUGCAGGCGGCUGCAGAAAGUCAUGGACAAUAUUGCCAGAGAGGCAGACUCAAAUCAAUCCUCAAUGAGGAUAAAUCUUUAUUAUUUUUUUCUUUUCUUUGAGGGAUGGACUCUGAAAACAAUAAUUUCUCUCUACCUUCCCUCUCUUGCUUCCUCAUUACUUCCCCACCUGCUUGUCACAGCAAGUGUCCUCAUCAAAUAAACUUGAAAACUGAUUCAGCAGGAUUGCUUGUUAACAAGGUGUGAAGUAUCUCACAUCACUAAAAAAAAAACCUCUUUUUCUCACAAUAACACAAACCAACAGGCUGCUUUUUUAUGGUUCUAGAUAAUUCUAAUGCCUAACAUCUGGCAACAAUAUCUGAUCUGCAAGAAUAAACAGCAGGGCGUGUGGUGUAGUGGGUUCCCUGAUACGUCAUGCCAUAAUGUGUGUUCAACCCAAACUCCGCUCUUAUGUCUUUGUCCCUUACUGGCGUGUGCAGCAUGACUGAAGUGUGUUUCUAUUAAUGAUACAGUGGACAAAACGUCGAUAGACAAAUGUACAUGAACUAAUCUUAAUUUGAUGGAUGGGGUUUUUAAAGCAAAGGUUGUCUAUUUUCUCUUCCCGUUUCGCACCAUGAACUUACAAAAUACAGAAACACGGAGGACUGGUGUUGACCUUUGACUACUAGGGGGUGUGGUCUUAAUGCUUCCUCUAAGCCAUCCUCUCCCAUCCCCAGUAGUGAACCAUACUGACGGGACUCUUCAUCUUUACCUCUUCUAUACUUAAACCUGAGCUGUCGUAGAGGACACUUAAUGACCCAAUCACCGUUAAAACUUGAAAUCUACAGAAAAGUGACGAUGAAAAUAUAUAUAAAGUAAAAAAAUAAAUAAAAAAAGGCAGCAACACAGAAAUGAUCCGAAAGCCUUUUCUACUUUAAGUAGAAACUUAUUUCAGGAGCGUUCUGUAAAUAUAUAAUGAUAAUUAAAAAAACAAACUUCUUUUUUUCAGUUUUAUUUUUCAGAAGCGAUAAAUUGUAAUGGCAGUAUAACCCUUUUCCAACAGAAACAGCAGUUGUCCGGAUGCAGAGAGGUGCUUUAGAUAAUCCAUUGAUUAUUAGUUGUAUUGGAAUUUUGUAAAUAUUUUUUUUUUUUGCUUUCUUUAUUUAAGAAAUUAUUGCUUCUUUUGCAUCGGAAACUGGAAAGCUGGGGGAACGGAACAUUGCAAAUAAAGGACUUACUAAGUUGCUGA